GCACGUGUCGGCGUGUGCAUCAUGGCGGAGCGGCGCGCGGUGCCCAGCGACCUGUUCCCCCUCGUGCUCGCGUUCCUGCGCGAGAGCGGCUGCCAGGGCGCGGCGCGCGCCUUCGCCAAGGAGGCGGCGGCGAAGGAGCAGGACCCCAACGCGGCCUCGCUGCUGGACAUCUUCACCUACUGGCUACAGUCUCCAGCGGCCAAGAAGAGAAAGCUGGUCCCGAACGGCGCCCAGGCCAAGAGGAAGCCGUCGGCCAGCAGCAGUGACAGCUCUAGCGAGGAGGAUGAGAAACCGCCGGCCAAGAAGCCUGCUAAAGCAUCGGCUGUGCCCAAAGCAAAAGCUGCUCCUGCAGCCAAGACAGCAGAGAGCAGCAGUGAGGACUCCAGUGAUGAUUCAGACUCGGAGGAGGAGAAGAAGCCAGCAAAGAAAGGUGCAAAACCUGCUGUGAAGCCAGCUGGAGCCAAAAUUCAGCCUCAGAAGAAGGCAGAGAGUUCCAGUUCUGACUCAAGCAGCUCGGAUGAAGGAGCACCAAAGAAGCAACCACCAAAACCAGCAACACCUAAAUCAGGAAGUAAAGCUGCCCAGGCAGCUGCCAAAGUUGUCAAUGGAAAAGCAGAAAGCAGUAGCAGCAGCAGCAGUGAAGAUUCUGAUGAGGAAAAGGCUCCACCAAAAAAGGCUGUUCCCAAGAAAUCACCUCUGCCAAAACCUGCAGCCGCUCAAGCAUGUCCGGGGAAAACCAAACGUGCCAAGGAAAGUUCCAGCAGUGAGGACUCAUCUGACAGCUCAGAUGAUGAAAAGCCACCUGCAAAACAAAAGCCAAAAUCUGGUCCAUACAGUGCUGUACCACCUCCUCAAGGAACACAGGCAAAGAAGGGCCUUGCUAAAGCUCCUGCAAAAAAGGCUGAGAGCAGUGACUCUUCAGACAGUAGUGAUGAGGCAGAGCAGGUACCCUCAAAGGCAGGCAAAGCAGUAGUAGCUAAAACACCCCCUGCCCCCCAGAAGAAAGCUGUGACUACCAAGAAGGCUGAAUCCAGUUCUGACAGUGACUCAGAUUCUAGCUCUGAAGAUGAUAAAAAGAAGGUAGGGAAUAAGCUCCCUGCUAAACAACCUGUGAUAAAGAAUACUUCCAAACCAGCAAAAGUAAUUGUCAAGCCUGGACAAGCAAAGAAAGACUCCAGUUCUUCCUCAGACAGCUCAGAUUCUGAUAGUUCUGACAAGAAGGCAGCUCCUGUGAAGCCCACAACUAAAGCAGCAACCCCUGCAGCAAAGAAGUCUCCAGCUGCCACAAAGAAAGCACAAAGUAGCUCUGAUUCAGAUAGCAGCUCCAGCAGUUCUGAGGAUGAGAAGAAGAAGAAGAAAUGUCCUCCAGCUAAACCAGCUGGCAAAGUGGCUAAGCCACUGUCCAAACCUUCUACUCCAGCUCCCAAAGCAGACACAUCUGACUCUGAUAGCUCAAGCAGUGAAGAAAAGCCAGCAGGAAAACCAGCCACCAAAUCUACAGGGGCAGCAAAAGCAGCUGUGGGGAAGAAGGCAGCUGCUUCUAGCAGUAGCAGCAGCUCAUCAGACAGUUCCAGUGAAGAGGAUGAGAAACCCAAAAAGGCAGUGAAGGGGGUGCAGAACGGUUCUAAAGCCCCUGCCUCCACAGAGAAAGCAAAAGCAUCUGCAGUAGCUGCAAACAACGUGAAGUCUAAGCCAGCUGGUGGCAGCAGUAGCAGCAGUGAAAGCAGCUCUGAAGAAGAGACUGGAAAAGUCAAUGGAGGUACAGUCGGGAAGAAACAGAAGAGGGAAGAUGUUCAGGAGCCAGAAACACCACACAGUAAAAAAGCAAAGAUCAAAGCCAAAACACCACACACAGUUCCCAAGGUGAAACGGCCGUCCUCUCCAUUCCGUCGCGUAAGGGAAGAAGAGAUUGAGGUGGAUGCCCGUGUGGCUGAUAACUCAUUUGAAGCAAAGAAAGGAGCAGCUGGCGACUGGGGUGAGAAAGCUAACAACAUCCUGAAAUACACUAAAGGCAAAUCUUUCCGUCAUGAGAAAACAAAGAAAAAGCGAGGCAGCUAUCGUGGGGGCACUAUAUCAACCCAAGUCAAUUCUGUCAAGUUUGAAAGUGACUGAGAAUGUUGGAGUUCAUAAACCAUCUGCUCACCAGAACACCUGGGAUGGGCAUAUGGACAUUAUGGAUAUCAAGCCUGCCUGGAAUGCUACCUCCCCAUGGCCCUUGUGGGGCAGGCAGCUCCAGCGUAGGGAUGUGGGAGAAUGGUUGGAUGUUUCCCUGUCUUAUUUCUAAAUUUUAGUCUCCUAAUUUGAAACCAUCCUUAAGCUGGUGUUAUUGGCACCACUAGGGUGGCCGCCAGGACUUAUAUGUUCUACAGUCUUAUUUUGAAAGGCUGGCAGUGUUUUUUACUUUUGGUUUCCUGCCCAUCUACUAGAAGAAAGAGAAAUCAUUGUCCUGUAUUUUAACCUCCCAUUUAUUUUCCAGCCAGUUUAACUCUCAUACCUUUGAAAAGGCAAGUAUUGUCACUUGCCUCUGACAAGUAACUGUAAGAACAACUGAUUUGAGCGCUUUGGCUGUAAUCCCCAACCCCACUUGACAUUUCAAGUUUACCCUUGUAGUGUAAAUACCUACUUUCCUCUUCCUUGCACUCCUGUGGAGGCCACUAACCAGAGUACUUGGAGAAGCAGUCUCUAAACGUGGUUUAGUAGUUGAGUAACAGUAUCGAUUGCAGUUGCAAGGUGGGGGCUAUUGUCAGAAAGACCAAGGUCUACAGUACUGCUGUGGCACUCCUAAUAACACUUGCAUUAGUGUAGCUGGGGAGUGAAGUUGUACAGAAACUUGAAUGCAUGGGGAUU